GGGCAUGGGCUGGUUGAUGUGGACUGUUGGGCUCAUUUUGGAACUUUGGCGAGUCAGCGAGGCCUGGGUGACGGGCCCGGCGUGGCGGGACCUUGGCAACAUGCAGGUUGCUCAGUGCUCCACUCCUAGUCAUGCAUCAUCGUACAUUACAUUACAAGGUACCCAGGAGGGCCCCGGCACUGCUUUUUCCGUCUUUCCUGUAGCCAUCCAUGUAUGCAACUGUUGGAUUCACCAGGGUACCGGUACUGGAAUCAAUAGGGUGUAACUGUACGCCGGAAGCUAGUGGUUCAAGUGGUGGAUUGUAGAUGUGUGUG